AUGGCUUUGGCGACCCAGUCCGAGACUAGGGCCACUUUGGAGCAUUUACUCUGCAACGAAACCUUGAGUCUCGUUGAAUUAUACGAACUAAAGCUUGACGAUAUCAUGCACCAGCCAGUGGAUUACGCAGUACUGGCAAAGAAGUGCCUGAGGAUAUUGCUUGAUUCCACAGGUUCUGGUAGUGUGAACGACUUGAUGAGCGUUUUAAGCACAGAACUAACAGACAUUAAGACUACUCGGCGUCUUGAAAGAAACCUCACACGGGCAGAGAUAAGUGAGUCCAUUUGUUUGAGCUGCAAAGGAUUUAUUUGA